AUGUCUUCUGAUACUACCUUCAGCAAGAUAUUAACUGAUGACUAUUGCAAAUGGCAUGCUAAUUUAGUUGAUUUACCAAGUUCUCAGGCAGACAAAAUUUGUUCUAAAUUAUAUAAAGCAUAUAUGGAAGAGACUGGACUUGAUCCUUGGAUAAAGUCUGAAACUUCUGAAUCCCCACAAAGCAAAAAUGCUGAUAAUCAUAUCAUACAAGACAUUUCGUUGGAAACUCAAGUAAUAGCACCAAACAAAAAUCGCCUUUAUCAGUACGCCAUUGAACAUGGAAUAAAUCCCAAAGAAUUUUCGAAUCAUUACAGAGGCUGGGAUAAAUAG